CACACAAGCCGAAGUCAAACCCAAAUUGGAGAUUUUCCCCAUGCAAGAAGUGCAAAGGAAACCAGUAGGCAAAUCGUUGAUUUUAACAUGCAAACCCAUCGUAGCUGACCCAAAUCUAGUAUCCGAUUUGCAAUGGAAGGAUAAUAUGAAUAAUACCAUACUGCCGAAACCGAACAAAUACUAUUAUCCACUGUAUGAUUCCAAAGGACGUAGAUUACCUACUGUCACUGGCCGCAAUCAGCCGCCGAUGUAUACGGAAACUCUGUCGGAAAGUUUGGCGCUGAUGAUCACCUCGUUGUCGGUCGAAAUGGAAGGCAAAUAUUAUUGCACCGCCUCCUAUGCAAAUACGGAAUUACUGGAAACGAGCGUUAUAAUUAAAACUUAUGUCGCCAUAACAUGGACAAAUGCUCCUGAGAAUCAAUACCCCAUACUUGGUGAGGACUACAUUGUCAAGUGUGAAGUGAAGGCUGAUCCCAACCCGACCAUAGACUGGCUCCGCAACGGUGAUCCGAUUCGCACCGGUGAUAAAUACGUUGUACAGACACAUGGCCUACUCAUACGUAAUGUCCAGGAAUCCGAUGAUGGUAUCUACACUUGCCGCGCAGCAGUUAUCGAAACUGGUGAACUACUCGAGCGCACCAUUCGCGUGGAAGUCUACAUCCGCCCGGUCAUAACACAUUUGCCAGACACACUGGAAGCUGUCGAGGGUAAACCAUUCGCCGCCAAUUGCACAGCUACCGGUAAACCAGUGCCAGAAAUCUCCUGGAUCAAAGAUGCUGCACAGCAAAAUGUCGCCACGGCCGAUCGCUUCCAAGUCAACCCACAAACUGGCCUACUGACCAUUAACUCCGUUACCCAAGAUGACUAUGGUACUUACACUUGCAUUGCCAAGAAUGAUGCUGGCGUUGUGGAUCAAAAGACUAAAUUGAAUGUACUUGUGCGUCCACAAAUCUAUGAAUUCUACAAUGUGACGGGUGUGAGUCAGAAAGAGAUUGCUAUUACUUGCCGUUCGAAGGGACGUCCAGCUCCUGCUGUCACCUUCAGACGUUGGGGUACCGAAGAAGAAUACGCACCAGGCUUACAAGCUGACGAUGAACGCAUCUCUUUGGAACAACAUUUCGAUGAAGAACGUGGCGAAAGUUCAGGCACACUACGCGUUACACGAGCUACACGCAACGAUGAUGGCCUAUAUCAGUGUAUAGCGCGCAAUAAGGGUGACACCGCCUACAAAACUGGCCAUAUAACCGUUGAAUUCCCACCAGACUUUACACACAUGAAGGAUCUGCCACCGGUGUUUAGCUGGGAGGAACGCAAAGCCAAUCUCAGCUGUCUGGCUUUGGGUAUACCAAAUGCGACAAUCGAAUGGCGUUGGAAUGGUCGUCCACUGAAAGAUGCCUACGACAAGAAUCUCGUUAUUAUCGGCGCUGGACCACGCAGCGAUCUCAUUGUACACCCAGUGGGGCGUCAAUAUUACUCGGUUUACAAAUGUAUCGCCACAAAUGUGCACGGCUCAGCCGAACAUGAUAUGCAAUUGAAAGAGGCACGUGUACCUGAUCUUGUUGCCGCCGCGAUACCACGCCAACUCACCGCCACAACAAUUACCUUCGAUAUACGUGGACCGCCAACGGAACUGGGUUUACCCGUUACAGCCUUUAGCGUGCAAUAUAAAGAAGCUAUUAAUCCCGAUUGGUCAACGGCGCAAAAUCGUAGCUGGUCACCAGACUCACCAUACAUUGUUGAGGGACUGAAACCACAGACAUCCUAUCAAUUCCGCUUUGCGGCACGCAACCAAGUCGGCUUGGGCAUGUGGGGCGUGAAUCAGCAACAAUCGACACCCAGACGCUCGGCACCCGAAGAACCCAAACCACUGCAUUCGCCGGUGCAAAACGACAAGGAGGAGCCCGUUGUAGUGUCGCCAUAUUCCGAUCACUUCGAGCUGAGAUGGAGCGUGCCAGCUGAUAACGGCGAACCCAUCGACUUCUAUCAAAUCAAAUACUGUCCAGGUGUAAAAAUGGCUGGCACUUGGCAUGAGCUGGAAAACCAAUGCGUUUCACAGGAUGUCAUCGAGACCACAUCUUACGAAAUGUCCCGCCUGAGCGGCAACACCUACUAUCGCAUUGAGCUGCGUGCGCAUAAUGUGAUCGGUUUCUCAUCGCCGGCAUCGAUUAUUAUGAAGACGACACGAGAUAAUCCUUAUAAUGGUGCGGCAACCAGCAUCCGAGGCACAGUGACUACAGCACAAAAAUGGCAGCACUGCUUACUGUUAAUUGCACUAGCAACAAUUGCAACAUUCGCGUGGCCACAACAGCAACAACAAACUAUGCACACGGUAAAAAUGGGCAACAAGCCGACGGCAGCAGUAGCGGUGAACUAAAUUAGCACACCCGCUAGGAAGCCGAAGUGGAGAUGUCGAAGAAGAAGAAGAAGAAGAAGAAGGAUCAUUCCUUGUAAUGAAGUAGUAAUUUAAAUAGCGAAACUUGUAAAUAAAAAAGAAAAACCAUACAAAUACAUGUGUAUGAUCUAAAAAAAAUCACCGACUAACACUUCCAUAUACAUAUAUGACUUCCACGCACGUUGCGAAAAUAUGUAUUCCGUUUUAAUGUACAAAAAUACCAAGCCAAAUGCAAUACCAUAUGAAAUAAUUUACAAUUAGAUCGGUAUUAGAAUUGUUUUUGUGUGAUUUAGCAAUGAGAAAAAAAUAAACAAAUACUGUUUUAACGAUGUGUGCUUCUACUGAUACCUUUAGCGAGUUUUGCGUUAAUCCAAUUGAUAAUAAAAAAAUUUAUAUGUAUAUACAAGAUUUAAAUAACAAUUUGUGCUUCACAUUGACAUUAGGCAAUUUGCUCUUCAUAUAGCGUGAAAAUUUAUUUAAACCUUGUUAAACCGUAGGUACUUAACUAAAUAAUGAAUUGUUAUCAAUUAAGUUUGAUGUUUGUAUGCCUUAAGCUCGAAACCGCGCGCAUUUAUUUACUGAAAGCAAAGAAAAUUAAAAAAAGUGUAACAAAUUCAUGUUUCUACGAAAAUAAUAGUAUUUGUAUUUGUAAAAUAAAAUAAAAGAAUUUUAACAGUGGAGAAUUUAUGUUUUGUUUCAAUUUUUAUUUUUUUCUAACAGCUGCUUACCUUUUAUACCCACGCGUACUUGUGGCCGAGGGUAUUUUACACCACUGUGUUUAUUUAUAUUUUGUUUGCGGACAAUAGCAAAAAUUGCAAUGGCGAACUACGGCAACACUAUUUUCUCUGAACUUAAACCGAAAUCCAACAGUCUGAAUCCCGAUUAGCGGUACUCGUAUAACUAACUAUUAACAGUUUUUGAUUAAAUUUUUUUUUCAACAGACAAUAGCAAAAUUUUUCAAAGACAAUUUAUUGACAUACUAUUUUUUCUGAGGUAGGGCAUUUAUCUAGUACCGAAAUACAGAAUCCCAAAUGCCGAGUCAUUUAUUUAAUAUAUUUUUUUACGGUCAAUAACAAAAAUUAGACUACGGUAAAACUAUUUUUCUGAAGUACGACAUCUAAUACCGAAAUACAGACUCCCAAAUGCCGGCACCAGGCAAGCAACUAUCAUUUUUUAAUUUUUCUUUUUUUGCCGAUUAUCGGUACGAGUGCUACAACUAGUUAAAUUUUGUAAUUAUCAUUUUUUUACGGACGAUAGCAAAAUUUACAAAAGCAAUUUAGAGCCAUACAAUUUUUAUGAGGUAAGGCAUUUGCUUGGUACCGAAAUCCAAAUCCUAAAUACCAGUUCAAGCAGGGCAUCUAAUACCGAAAUACAGCAGCCCGAAUCUCGAGACUACCAGCAAGUAAAAUUGUUUAAUAUAUAUAUGUUUUGCUAUCAAGGGCAAAAAUUACAACGGCGAACUAACACUAUUUAACACUAACACUAUUUUUUUUAUCUCCGGAAUCCCCAGUCCCGAACACCGGCACUAACAGAUACCUAUUUUUUUAAUAUUUGGCAGUGUAAACUCAAAACACAAACUGAGCUAAUUGCAAAAUAAGUUAAAUACUCCUUUUGAAUCCACCUUUCUAAAAGGUCAAACUUACCCAAAUUCAUGUAAAAAUAAAAAAGUGCCCAGAAAGUAAGGAUUUCCGUGAUCUGUACUUAAAUAAUUAUGAUAAGCAACACCCUGUUAGACACAAUUCUUAAAAGUAGUCGGGAAACCAUAAUUUCACACUCUUGUCUAACGAAUGCGAUCUAGAUAAAAUUUUCAGCUAGGAAGACAUGAAUUUCCAGUCCCGAAAUUUUCGGACGAUAUAGAUU